AUGUCCGACGCCAAGGGAGGAAAGCGUCUCAGUGCCGACGCAGACGAGUCUACUAGGAAAAAGGCAAAGAAGGACGCCGCCGAUCUCGACCGCAACAACCCCUACCUUGCGCACAUGUACGAGAACGGCGCGAGCAACGGCCACGGCGAGGAGCCUUCGCCAGACUCCCCUCUCGCCGGCAUGAAGAGGCAACAGACAACGGCAAAGCAGGCUUCAAAGGCUGAGGACUCGGAGUCAAACCCUUUCACUGGCCGACCUCACUCGCAAAAGUACUUCCAGAUCCUCCAGGGCCGUCGCGAUCUCCCUGUGCACAAGCAGCGACAGGAGUUCCUGGACAAGUACCAUUCCACACAGAUCCUCGUCUUUGUCGGUGAGACGGGUUCCGGAAAGACUACUCAGAUCCCGCAGUAUGUCGUCUAUGAUGAGCUCCCUCACCUCACUGGCAAGCUCAUUGCCUGUACCCAGCCGCGUCGAGUCGCUGCCAUGUCGGUCGCGCAGCGUGUUGCCGAUGAGAUGGACGUCACCCUGGGAGAGGAGGUCGGUUACAGCAUUCGUUUCGAGGACAUGACGGGCCCCAAGACCAUGCUCAAGUACAUGACCGACGGUAUGCUUCUGCGCGAGGCCAUGCACGACCACGAGAUGUCCCGCUACAGCUGCAUCAUCCUCGACGAGGCCCACGAGCGUACCCUGGCCACCGAUAUCCUCAUGGCUCUGCUCAAGCAGAUUUCCAUGCGCCGCCCCGAUCUCAAGAUCAUCAUCAUGUCUGCUACUCUCGAUGCGCAAAAGUUCCAGAAGUACUUCAACGACGCGCCCCUGCUCGCCGUCCCCGGUCGAACCCACCCCGUCGAAAUCUUCUAUACGCCCGAGCCCGAGCGCGACUACGUCGAGGCCGCCAUCCGCACCGUCCUUCAGAUUCAUGCUUCCGAACCUGAGGGUGACGUCCUGCUGUUCUUGACUGGUGAAGAUGAAAUUGAGGACGCCUGUCGCAAGAUUAGUCUCGAGGCGGACGAGCUGAUGCGCGAAGUCGACGCCGGCCCGCUCGCUGUGUAUCCCCUCUACGGUACGCUGCCCCCUCACCAGCAGCAGCGCAUCUUCGACAAGGCGCCCGCGCCCCUGCGUAAGGGCGGCCGCCCUGGUCGCAAGGUGAUUGUUUCCACCAACAUUGCCGAAACCAGUUUGACCAUUGAUGGUAUCGUGUAUGUCGUGGACCCUGGCUUCAGCAAGCAAAAGAUCUACAACCCGCGUAUCCGUGUCGAGUCCCUCCUCGUCUCGCCCAUCUCCAAGGCUUCCGCCCAGCAGCGAGCCGGUCGUGCUGGUCGUACCAAGCCCGGAAAGUGUUUCCGCCUGUACACGGAAAAGGCCUUCAAGAAGGAGCUCAUUGAGCAGACGUACCCCGAGAUUCUGCGUUCCAACCUCGCCAACACCGUCUUGGAACUCAAGAAGCUUGGCGUCGAGGAUCUCGUCCACUUCGAUCUCAUGGACCCCCCUGCUCCCGAGACCAUGAUGCGUGCGCUGGAGGAGCUCAACUACCUCGCCUGUCUCGACGACGACGGUGAGCUCACAACCCUCGGUGGUCUGGCUUCCGAGUUCCCUCUAGAUCCCGCUCUGGCUGUCAUGCUCAUCUCAUCGCCCGAAUUCUACUGCUCCAAUGAGAUCCUUUCCAUCACCUCCCUUCUCUCAGUCCCCCAGAUCUUCAUGCGACCCGCCAACAACCGAAAGCGCGCCGAUGAGAUGAAGGCGCACUUUGCGCACCCCGACGGUGACCACCUCACCCUCCUCAACGCCUACCACGCUUUCAAGGGCCAGGCGACAUCGGACCCCAACAGCGUCAAGGCCUGGUGCCACGAGCACUUCCUCUCGUUCCGUCACCUCUCGAGCGCCGACAACGUCCGGACGCAGCUCAAGCGCAUCAUGGAGAAAAACGAGCUGGAGCUCGUGUCAACGCCAUUCGAGGAUAAGAACUACUAUACCAACAUCCGACGGGCGUUGCUGGCCGGUUUCUUCAUGCAGGUGGCUAUGAAGGAGAGCUCGGGCAAGCUGUACCGCACCGUCAAGGACGACCAGGCCGUCCUGAUUCAUCCAUCCACAGUCCUCCGCACCGAGUUUGACUGGGUCCUGUACAACGAAUUCGUGCUCACGUCGAAGCAAUACAUCCGAACAUGCGUGGGGAUCCGACCCGAGUGGCUAUUGGAAAUCGCCCCCACUUACUACGACCUGGACUCUUUUGAGCAGGGCGACGUCAAACGGUCUCUGGCUCGUGCCGCGGAGAAGAAGCGGCGCAAGGAGGCCAUGAAGGCUGGCAGAUGA